CUGUACGCCACCAUCUGGCUGUUAUGGAGCCUGAGGUGAUAGAAAUUAGCGACGAGGGAGAUGUGGCGCCGCGGAAGCCCGCUCGCAGACGCACACGAGAGCCCAUCUUCGUCGACCUCAGCGAGCUCGAUGGCGACGAAGACGGCAGAAAUAAAGAUGAUGAUAACGAAAGCAGUGGACUUGAACAAGCACGAGUCAGCAGAAAACAGAAGGACCACGAAAUAGACGAUGGAGCGCCCUUUCCCGGAGUCGACUUGCAACUGCCGCCACCGCCCACUUACGAGCAAGUCCUCGCCGAAGUAGAGCCAGGAAUGCGUGCCGCGGGGGCGCCCGAUUGGGCUGUUCACAUGGCUGCCCGACUCAUGUUCAGCGCUGAGUAUAAGCUCGACUACGAGACUCUCUUGCAACUAGACAAGGUUGUCAAGACCAGCGCAAAUGUGACGCACUUCAUGAGCACGGCGAAUAGGGCGCGCGGCAAUGGAGAGAAGAUGCAUUAUGAGUUGUGCACGUUUAAGAACGGCAAGUAUCCAUGCAACGAGCCGGUAAGUCAAUCUAUACGUCCUUUUUAUGUGUUUCUAGCCGUGUACCCCGUUCAGUACAACUUACGAUCCAUAUUUACGGCACGCGAUCUCGAAUUCUUGACCAUGCGGGACCUCCGUUGGUAUAUUAUGGGAUAUGGCCACACCGUACCAGAGACACGCAGAGAGCGUGUGAAGCUUCUCAAGAAUAUCAUUGGAAUCAUUGUGUAGGGUCGGUCGUGUAUCAUUGAAUAUGCUGCUAAAGAGGCGAGUGGUACGAGCGUCUCAUUGGAUGAUGUCUAUCUCACCGUCGUGGCUGCAAUCACGAUAGUACAAGCUAUACAAAGGGCGAGAUAGAUAUUAAUGGCCUAAAGAGUACCGCCCCGAAAGCCAGAAGAGUG